AAAAGACAGUGCCGGACCUGGAGCCGAAGCCGACCCGAGGAGCCUUGUCUCGCUCUUGCUGCGCUUUCCAUGAGUCCUCUGGUGCUCUCUCCGCGGGGUGAGAUGAACGAGCGGAGCCGGUGAUCGAGCCCUGGCCCCAGACAGCGGAGAGCGGACAUCGGCCUCCCAGCAGCCUCUGUCCCUUUGCUGCUUGUCCCCGGUCCUGCCUCUGCCACGGAGAGAGAGCUGCAGAUCCGGCUGAACCAGGAUCAGGCCUCCCCCCGUGCACCUGAGCAAACAGCGACCGGUGAGAAAACAUGGAUGCAGAGAGUGGAAUGCUGUUCCUGGCUGAGAGCCUGGGUCUAUCUGCUCCUGUCUCUGCUCCUGUCAGCUCCUCUGGACUCAUCAUGGACACCCCAGACCCCCUGCAGGAGUGGGCCGUAGAAGCAGAAACAGUUCUUGGUGUAAAGUCCAAUUUUGGUCCUCAGACACUGGUGGACAGUGAGACGGAGGAGCUGCUUUAUGGAGUCGACCCCAACAAAGUCUUUCCCUCCAGAUCCACACCAGACUCUUCAGGGAGCGACAGCGGCAUCUGUGAGGAGACCCAGAACCAGGGUCCGGACCAGGACCGGGAUCUCAACCAGACCACAGUGUACCAGGUGGUGUACGACGUCAGUCACAUAGAUAGCAACCAACAGAAUGUCAUCUCCAUAGAAUUGGAUUCCUGGUCUCAGCUGCUCCUCUCAGACUCCUGUGUGGUGAAUGAGCUGGUUCCUCGUUCUGGAUCCUCUGUUCAGUCUCUGGACCAGAUGAGCUCUGAGCUGCAGCUGACGGAGGAAGAACAGCGACUUCUGAACCAGGAGGGAGUGUCUCUACCCAACAACUUGCCCCUCACUAAGGCGGAGGAGAGGAUUCUGAAGAAAGUUCGCAGGAAAAUCCGGAACAAACAGUCGGCUCAGGAUAGCCGCCGGAGGAGAAAGGAGUAUGUGGAUGAGCUGGAAAACAGAGCUGCAGCGUGUUCAGCUCAGAACAAAGAGCUGCAGAGGACAGUGGAGCAGCUGGAGAAGAGCAACAUGUCUCUUUUAGCACAGCUCCGUCAGCUUCAGACUUUGAUCAAACGAACCGUCUCAAAAGGAGCUCAAACCAGCACAUGCCUCCUGAUCAUUAUCAUAUCUCUGGGUCUGAUCAUUCUGCCCAGUUUCAGUCCCUUUCUCAGACGCUCGGCUGCAGAUGACUACAGGCCCAUUGGAGUUAUCUCUAGAAACAUCCUGACAGACUCCGCCUCGUUGCAGUCUACAGUCAAUGACGACAUAGCAUCAGGCACUGACCUCUCUGACGUCAGCCAAUCAGGAGCUGAGGACAUUUCUGUUGCUGCUGCUGUCAACCAAUCACAGCCAGGCCCUGAGCCCCCACCCUUACAGGGGAACCAAUCAGAACACAGCUUUGCUCCUCUCGCUGGACAGAACUCGAGGCUUAAAAUGGACAAGAAACGUGAUUCGUCCAAACCUGCUCACGCCGAUGAAAUGUAGUCUGUACUACUCUCUACUCCCUCUGGUGGACACUAGUGGAACUUCAGACUGUAACAUGUUCUUUUUGUUUAAUUUAUGUUUGAACUUUUCAUAUUGGCUACCACCACAAAAAAUGUGCCAUCUAAAUCAGGACAAAACAGGUACAGUGGUCCUUCGCUAUAUCGCAGUUCACCUUUUGCAGCUUCGCUGUUUCGUGAAUGUUUUUGGUAUAAUUUUACACUUUUUUUUACAGUGCAUGAACGCAUGUUCUUUGUUCUGAUUGGCUAGGCACGGUCAGAGGAACUGUAAAAUGCGCGUCAUUCACUAUUAAUUAAACAAGAAAGAAAUUUGAGAAAAUGUUAAUGCCUGUCUGAGAAAAGUGUAUAAAGUGUGUGGUGAGAAGUUUUACAGCCUUAAAACAUAUAUAAUAAUUGUAAAAAAAAUAAAGCCUACUACUUCUUGGGUUUCGCCUAUUGUGGGUUACUUUUACAGCGUAACCCCCCUGAUAAACCAAGGACCACUGUACUUGACUAAAAAUUAAACCAGAUCUAAACCAUGGCCUGUACAUAUCUCUGGACAUAGCUAACCUGCUAGCUGCCAUGUUCCAAACAAGAAGUGAGCAUGGGCAUGGUUCGGCUCCAUCAACUCCAAUUCAUUUUUUUUAAUUGAAAAAUGGCCCAUGACUCGCUGCUGUCAGGUUUAUCAUUCUUGCUUUAAAAUGUUCGUUUUAACCCGCUCUACAUGAUCCUGCUUUUAUUUCACAAGGCAGCAUCUUCGCCCUCAACAGCCUUGGUCUUGAUUGACUCAUGGAAUUAUAGACCUCAGCUCCAUAUUAGCUGCUAUAACUGCUAGGCUGGAUGAGCUUCAUUUGGCUGGAGGCAAACACUAUAGGUGAUGUCACACUCCCUUAGUCCUCUUGUUUGGGUUCAUUCUUCUUUGGAUCAUAAAUCUGUUUUAACCUCCCUUUGGGGCCUUUGGAUGUGUGCCUUUUUCAAACAUUUUAAAGGAGAGUAUUUUAGGCAGAGAAUAUUUUGAAUUUUAUAUUUUCUUUAGUGGAUAUUUUAACACAAUCUAUAUGUUUAUGGGUUAAUGUAUUUCUUGCACUCCAGGGACAAUCAGUUUUAAAUAAAUUAAUUAAUUUAAGCAGUGAUGUGUUUUGUAAUUAUAAGAAUAUUAAUAUUGGCUAAUUUCAUAUUUCCUGCUAUUUUUAUUGAUUCUAGGCUAGACUAGAUUUGUCCAUCCACACAGUUCAGAAUGAUGAUAAAUUAGAACUGUUACUGCCAUAGCAAUUAACAAUUUAAAGCAAAAUAUAGCUUUUGGAUGGUGAAGGUCCUUAAAAUGUUGACUAUCAUAGAAAGCUGAAACCCAUGAAUCACAAGUGAUUAAACAUGGAGGUUGUGCGUUCAACUCCCAGACUGCCUCAAAACACAAGAUUUACUAAUGUCAACGGGAAAACAAAGAUGUAUUUUUUUUAUUUUUUCCUACAGAGGGCAGCAAAGUGCCAGUCACUUGGUACAUCGCAUUUGGUGGAGCUUGUUUGUAAAAGACAUUGGGGGCUGCAGCUAACCAUUAUUUUACUUUUGGAUUGGUCAGAGGUCAGCUUUUCACAGGUCAAACAAUAUUUUUUUAUUCAGUGAGACUUUUUGAAUACAUUAUCAAGCAAAUAAAGAUUGAAAUAUGGGGACUGAAGACUUUUAAAUAGAGUAAUAAUAGUUACAAAUUAAGUGUAUUAUUGAUGAAAACUUAAGGUUGUUUUUCUUUGAUUUUUAUCUAAUACAGUUAUCUUUGUUCUAAAAAAAAAGGGUCUUUGUGUGAGAGUUAAAAUCCUCAGCCAUGCACAUAAAUGUAUCUUAAACUGAAGUAAAGCUCUUUGUAAAAAUC